AUGAAUGAUCGUGAAAUGGGCUUCCUCUUCAGUUUCGGCUCUCAAGUUGGUCGCAGCAGUCGCACAGCACUGGAGCAUUUGAUUCAGUCCCACCUUCUCGCCGCGCUGCCUCAUGCGACGUCAUCCCAAAAGGAUGAAGAGGUCCUUUGCCGUCAACUUUUCUCCACACCCCUUCCUUCACCGCCUACACAGGACGGUGACUUGGGCUUUGUAUGUAUAGAGGGCUACUGGAUACCCCAGGGACCGCUUGCGAAACUGCAUAAGAAUGAGGAGAUGCUCAACACAUACGUGCUCACCGAUACUGUUUGUAGCAAUCUUAGGGAUCUUGCGAGGGUUGUGUCAGCUGCCGGAAGUCUGCCAUUGCUGCUGCAAGGGGAGACAUCGGUGGGGAAGACUUCAUUAAUCACCUAUCUAGCCGCACGGGUGGGUCAAGUGUGUCAUCGAAUUAACAACCAUGAGCACACUGAUCUUCAGACCUACCUUGGCACCUAUACUGCUGCAUCAGCAUCCUCUGUAUGUACUAGUAAUGGAUCCGAACCGACCCCGCUGGUCUUCCAGGAGGGUAUCUUUGUGCAGGCUAUGAGACGGGGCUAUUGGAUUAUCCUCGAUGAACUUAAUCUCGCACCUACUGAAAUUCUGGAGGCCCUAAAUCGAGUUUUGGAUGAGAAUCGAGAGUUGUUCAUCACGGAGACACAGGAAGUUGUGAAGGCCCAUCCACACUUUCGUGUCUUUGCUACCCAAAAUCCGCCGGGUCUUUACGCGGGUCGAAAGGUUCUCUCGCGGGCGCUGCGUAACCGUUUUGUGGAGCUCCAUUUCGAUCCACUACCCCGUGCCGAACUGGAGGUUAUUUUGGAGCACCGUUCUGCUCUGCCUCGCAGUCGUGCCGCCAAGAUGGUUGAAGUGAUGCACCAACUGCAGGUGAAUUAA